AUGUCUCAGCUUCAGGGUUCUUCUGUGGAGAAGGCUUUGAAAGGGGGCUAUGUUGUCCUGGAUACGCCGAACGCUGCCAUUAGCCUCGUUUCCACUGGAUCUGAGGUCGGACUUUGUCUUCAAGCGGCUGCUAGCCUCGAACGACAGAACCUCCCUCACCAGCAAUUCGGGAUCAACCGUGUUGGGGCUUCGGGACCUUGUGAUGAGGUUUUCCAGAUGCUCGAGCGGACACCGGAAGGUGUCACCAGUUUGGCGUGCAUUUGUGCACAUUGUUUGAUUCAUGAGAUGGCAAUAUGUAUUAAUGGCCGCUACUAG